CUGCUUUUGUCGUCACCACGCGUCAGUCACAUCACAUCUUCAGUCUUCAGUGUACUUUACCCAUACAAGUGGUAUCAUUAUUUGUCUUAAUCUUCAAGUACGAAUAUGAAGCGAACAGCAGUUGGUAAAAAUGUCGCCGAUGAAUGGAUGGAAAGGCAGAAAAAUGUGUCCGCAGCAGCGGUUUGGAAGCUGAAGGCGCUUCAGACGGGCGAUGGCACCGACUGCGUCUUCCUCGUCGGCCCGGACGACGAAUCUGCCAAGCUCGUCCACGGAAGCAAAUUUGAUCUGAGAGCCGCAAGUGAAUACUUUCGAGGGCUGUUCAGAAGCUCCUUAUUGAUUCCAUCGGAGCCCAUCAGGGUCAAGCACGUUGAGCCUUCCAUCUUCAAAAUGGUCAUUGAGUUUGCUCACACUCGUGUCCACACUCCGGUGACCAACAUUCAGGAAGCUGUGAAGUUAGCCAGGGUGGCCGACGAGUUUUUGAUGGACGAGUUGGGUGCAGAAAGCACAGCUCUGAUUGAACAUUUCCUCACCCCUGAAAAUGUUUGGAAGGUUAUGGAGCAAAGUCAUCUGAACAAAUUUGUGGCCUCUGCGUGCAAAAAGUUUUUGAUUGGCCGGACAUUGGAGUGCCUGGAGCAAUCAACUUUUUUGGAGAUUGGAUUUGAGGUGCUGGGAUUGUUUUUGGCUCUGGAUAAAAUGGCAAUCAAUUCCGAGCUUGACUUGAUUGCGUCUGUCGUCAAACUUGCCAACUCAAAGAAAGAGGACGGAGAUAAAAGGGCUGUGAUUCAAGCAUCCCUUCCUCACCUUCGUCUCUUAACUGUGACUGAAAAAGGUUUUGCGAUGCUCUACCCGUGGUUGACUGAUCAAGAGAAGUUCUUCUUUCUGCACAAACUUGCCCACAGCCCUCUGCUGGCUAACCAUCAACCUGAGCGGCCAGAGUCGAUUUGCCCGAUUUUGCAGAGCAGAUGUGCAAUCAAGACCUUCACUCUCAUUCCUGAAAGUGCACCUCUCAGCGCGAGAAAGAUUUUCGAGGAUCCUCAACUUUGCAGAGAAAUAACUAAAUCGGAGGAGUUUGUUCUGUCAUUUGAGGCCAAGGAACUUUUUUGCAUCCAUGGUUUUGAAGUUCUAUGCAAAGUGAACCUGGACCUUUCACUUUUGGACCAAAUGGAAGACAUGAAAACUGCUAGUCAAGUCGAGCUUCUUGAUUAUUGUCAAAGAGUUCAGUAUGAAAACAACUUGCUCGGUGUGAAACUGACAAUCAGCUGCGUUGGCAACCCUUGGUAUCCAGGAAAAGUCAUCGCCCCAACCACAUCCGAUCAAUUUGCGACCGGCUCGAGUGUGCGUUUUGAGAUGCCUGCGGUGUUGGUGCCCAAAGGAGCCACUGUCAAAAUCAUAUUUAAGCUGAAAGAGUCUUGCUACUACAAAAGGACCAAUCUGCCUAAGGUUUUGGUCAUCAAUGGAAUCACCAUGCUAAAGCACAACGCACCUGGUGCCAAUAAGAUCUUUGGAGAUUUGCAGGUGCAAAACAAUAAAAUAUUGGAUUAUAGUCCUAGUAAAGCAUCAAAACCAAAACCAGAAGGUGAAGCACUCUGUCUUGUUAAAAACCUUAGGUAUUCACUUGUUUAGUUUAAGCAAAGCGUCACUCUCACCAAAUUAUUCGUACAAUUAUGCUUGGUGGACACUGUUGUUUACUCCAAAAGGGAAAACCAAUAUUGUUCUCAAUCCACUUUUUUGUAUUUAAAUUGUACUUGAAGCUUAGGAUGUCCAACUUAAACAAGAUUUUUCAUAAGCUAAAUUGAUUUCCUUUUCUCCUUUUACUUAUAAACUAUUAAGUUAUGCUUUAUAUCAUCUUUUCAAAAAAUUAUGCGAUCGCAAUUGCAGAUUGAUUUUGCGAUUUUUUCCAUCCUUGCUAUUUUUUUUAUAAUCAA